GCGUCAUCGGUGGCGAGGCGAUGGUUCGACAGGAGAGACAAACGGGCUGAGGUACAAGACAAUUGACACUGUAGCAGUGCUAUUUGUGGACAGGACACGAAGCCUUUACUCCAAGGAGGUGGUAUAUUCAUUGAGAAAGGUUUUCUGCUAACCAGCGCUGUCAUGUCUGCUAAAGCCAUAUCAGAGCAGACUGGGAAGGAGUUCUUAUACAAGUACAUUUGCACCUCAGCAGCUGUGCAGAACCGUUUCCGCUUUGCUUGUGUAACUGCUGAGACGGACUGGGACCGGCUCACACAGGAGCAGCCAUGGCUGCUGACAGAGAGGCUGGUGGUGAAGCCAGAUCAACUGAUCAAAAGACGUGGGAAGCUUGGGCUGAUUGGCAUCAAUUUGGACCUGGAGGGUGUCAAAGAGUGGCUCAGAACCCACCUUAUGAAAGAGACCACUGUGGGAAAGGCAAAAGGUGUGCUAAAGAACUUCCUCAUUGAGCCAUUUGUUCCACAUACACAGGAGGAAGAGUUUUAUGUGUGUAUCUAUGCCACCCGUGAGGGCGACCACAUCCUUUUCCACCACGAGGGAGGUGUGGAUGUGGGUGACGUGGACGUCAAGGCCCAGAAGCUGCUGGUUUCAGUGGAUGAAAAACUCAGUGAGGACCAGGUCACUGAGCAGCUCCUCACACAUGUUCCUGAUGACAAGAAAGAAGUUCUGGCCAGUUUUAUCGUGGGCAUUUUCAACUUGUACGAAAAUCUCUAUUUCACCUACCUUGAGAUCAACCCUCUCGUUGUCACUGAAAAUAAAGUGUACGUCCUCGAUAUGGCAGCCAAGAUUGAUGCCACAGCAGAUUACAUCUGCAAGGCUCAGUGGGGUGAUGUUCAGUUUCCUCCACCCUUUGGCAGAGAAGCAUAUCCAGAGGAGGCCUACAUAGCUGAUCUGGAUGCAAAGAGCGGGGCCAGUCUGAAGCUGACUCUGUUGAACCCUCGGGGCAGGAUCUGGACCAUGGUGGCUGGAGGAGGCGCAUCAGUGGUCUACAGCGACACAAUCUGUGACCUUGGCGGGGUGGAUGAGCUGGCCAACUAUGGCGAAUACUCUGGUGCUCCCAGUGAACAGCAAACUUACGACUAUGCGAAAACCAUCCUUGCUCUCAUGACUCGAGAGAAGCAUUCUCAAGGUAAAGUUUUAAUCAUCGGAGGAAGCAUUGCAAACUUCACCAAUGUAGCAGCGACAUUCAAGGGUAUUGUCAGGGCCAUUAAAGAUUACCAAGGUCCUCUGAAGGAGCACGAGGUCAGAAUAUUUGUGCGACGUGGCGGGCCCAACUAUCAAGAAGGUCUGAGGGUCAUGGGAGAAGUGGGGAAGACCACGGGUAUUCCUAUUCACGUGUUUGGUACUGAAACCCAUAUGACCGCCAUCGUUGGGAUGGCUCUGGGGCACCGGCCGAUACCCAACCAGCCUCCGAUGGAUGCACAUACGGCAAACUUCCUCCUCAAUGCCAGCAACAAUGCAGUGACUCCAGCUAAUACCAGAUCAGCUUCAUUCUCUGAGACCAAGACGACCAAUGAUGUCACACCGGCCAAAAAGUCUAAAGCAGGUCUUCCAGCAGACUCUCUUCAUUCUUUACUGUGGCCUCUGAAGAAUAUGGUCACAGGCGAUUGGAAAGAAGCUCAAGCCUCUUCAGGCUGCAGCGGAGCCAAAGCAACCACACUGUUCAGCAAACACACCAAGGCCAUUGUCUGGGGCAUGCAGACACGUGCUGUGCAGGGCAUGCUGGAUUUUGACUAUGUCUGCUCCCGGGAAGAACCAUCCGUGGCCGCCAUGGUGUACCCCUUCACUGGAGAUCACAAGCAGAAGUUCUACUGGGGCCACAAAGAGAUCUUGCUGCCGGUCUAUAAGAACAUGGCUGAUGCCAUGAAGAAGCACUCUGAAGUUGAUGUUCUUAUUAGCUUUGCCUCACUGCGCUCAGCCUUUGACAGCACAGUGGAGGCCAUGCAAUACCCUCAGAUUCACACCAUUGCCAUCAUAGCCGAAGGCAUCCCUGAAGCUCAGACGAGGAGGAUGAUCAAGAUGGCUGACGAGAAAGGCGUCACCAUCAUUGGCCCUGCAACAGUCGGUGGCAUCAAACCGGGUUGCUUCAAGAUUGGAAACACAGGCGGGAUGUUGGACAACAUCUUGGCGUCUAAACUGUACCGACCUGGUAGCGUGGCAUAUGUGUCUCGCUCAGGAGGAAUGUCCAAUGAGCUGAACAACAUCAUCUCACGCACUACAGACGGUGUCUAUGAGGGCGUAGCCAUCGGAGGAGACAGAUAUCCAGGAUCUACCUUCAUGGACCAUGUUCUGCGUUACCAGGACACUCCAGGGAUUAAGAUGAUGGUGGUGCUGGGAGAGAUUGGAGGCACGGAGGAAUACAAAAUCUGCCAAGGCAUUACAGAGGGCAGAAUCACCAAACCUGUGGUGUGCUGGUGUAUUGGAACUUGUGCUACCAUGUUUGCCUCAGAGGUUCAGUUUGGCCAUGCAGGAGCGUGUGCCAACCAGGCCUCAGAGACAGCAGUGGCUAAAAAUCAGGCUCUAAGGGAUGCUGGAGCUUUUGUACCAAAGAGCUUUGAUGAGCUGGGAAAUGUCAUAAGGACUGUAUAUGAUGAACUGGUGGCCAACGGUACCAUCGUCCCUGCCCAGGAGGUGCCUCCUCCAACUGUACCUAUGGAUUAUUCCUGGGCCAGGGAAUUGGGCCUGAUUCGUAAGCCAGCCUCAUUCAUGACGAGCAUCUGUGACGAGCGAGGCCAGGAGCUCAUCUACGCUGGCAUGCCCAUCACUGAGGUAUUUAAAGAGGAGAUGGGCCUGGGAGGAGUGCUGGGCUUGCUCUGGUUCCAGCGCAGGUUGCCACGGUACGCCUGCCAGUUCAUUGAGAUGUGCCUGAUGGUGACUGCUGAUCACGGGCCUGCCGUCUCUGGUGCACACAACACAAUUGUUUGUGCUCGUGCUGGCAAAGAUCUCAUCUCAAGCCUUACUUCUGGCCUACUCACCAUUGGUGACCGCUUUGGAGGGGCACUGGAUGCUGCUGCAAAGCAGUUCAGCAAAGCGUUUGACAGCGGCAUGCUGCCCAUGGAGUUUGUUAACAAGAUGAAGAAGGAUGGCAAGCUCAUCAUGGGGAUUGGACACAGGGUCAAAUCAAUCAACAAUCCUGACAUGCGGGUGCAGAUUCUGAAGGACUUUGUUAAGCAGCAUUUCCCCUCCACCCAGCUCCUCGAUUAUGCCCUUGAUGUAGAGAAGAUCACCACCUCAAAGAAACCUAACUUGAUUCUUAACGUGGAUGGUUUUAUUGGCGUUGCAUUUGUGGAUCUUCUUAGGACAUGUGGAGGCUUCACAAGAGACGAAGCUGACGAGUUUGUGGAAAUUGGUGCAUUGAAUGGGAUCUUUGUCCUCGGCCGUAGUAUGGGCUUUAUUGGGCAUUAUCUGGACCAGAAGAGGCUGAAACAGGGUCUAUACCGCCACCCAUGGGAUGACAUCUCCUACGUACUCCCUGAACACAUGUCCAUGUAAACCCAACGCUGGAGAGUCUCCAGACGCGACUGUGUGGCAGCAUCAUCUCACUUAACAUAUCUGUAUUAUUCAAUUAUGACAACAGUUGCUGCAGGAAAGAGAGAUAUUCUAGAAAGAGCAAGAGUGGGGGAAAUGGGUGGAACUUUCAGAUCUACAUUAAUGAAAGAGAAAAGGGGAAGUCUAUUUUUAGAUUUAAUAUUUGUCAAAUUAUUUAAAACGUUUAGAGACAUAACUUAUUCACUUUUGGAUAAAGAGCUGAACCUUGCAGUUUACAGGUUAACCAGUACGAAAUCAGUCAGUACGUAAAAUAAAAAACGGUUUUGUGUAAACGGUACAAGAGCAGGAUUAAAAUGGCAUUUUCAUCUUCCUGUUAAAUUAUAGGCUGGAUAGUUAAGAUGCAUGAGCAGCUCCCUUUGAGAAAUCACUUUAAGCAAUACGGUAAUAUGACUUUUUAUACUACUUAAAGAUAUUGACCAUGAUUUAGUGUGAGCAGCCUCUGUCUGCUUUAGGCCACGAGAAAGUGUGCUUAAGUGAGCUUUUUGGCUUUAUGAGCACUGCACUUUGAACAUUUGCAGAUAUAGAUGUUUUAGUUUUUUUGUUGUUUUUUUUUUAAUAGCUUUUCCAGACUUCAAUUCCACUGAGGGGGAAAAUAAGUAUUGCAAUGUCAACCAAAAUUAUUUUUUCAAAGAACAGUCUUGUGGGAGAUGUUCCAUAUCUUGUGAAAGAAGGCAUCAUAGCGAAUUGAACGAAUGAAUUGAACUUGUCAUCUGCCCUUUGUCUCUUGAGGUUCAUCAGCUACUAUGAACUGGAUGCCACUGUGGAGUGUUUGAUCCUGAGGAGUCUUUUCAUGCAAAGUCUGAAUUGAACUACUUGCACUGUGACUCUAAAUAACCAUAUCAAAACAUUUUUAAAUGGGAAGAUCCCAAGGGGGCAAACAAAAUGCUUCAUGAAUGUGCCCUAUGAGUCUUGAGGGCAUCUUUUCGGUGAGGGACCAUGAAGGCAGUUUGUUUUAUUUUGGGGAACUACUGCAGGAAAAAAAAAAACAGGUGAUGGUUAUGUAAAGAAGAUGUCAAACUUAAGCUGAAGUCUUGAUGCCAGCUCACAAACGCUCGUUACUGCUUGUUGCAAUGCCUGCUGUGUUUGGUCUUUGUUUUGCCGCUUUUAUUUAACUGUGAAAAAAUGCUUUUUGUAAUAUUCUGUCUUAUGUUAGACUGUCAGCGGUAUAAUAAUAAAGGUACUUAUUAUACUUUU